CCCUCAACAAAUAUCACACAUAACAGGAAGUAAAGUCGACCAGAAGUCGUUUACUGCAGCGUUUACAGCAGACCAUCAGUUGUUUGACAGAGCUGAGAAUCUGGUUCUAGACAUUUUCUCACCAUGACACCAAAGUCCUGCUUCACCAUCCUUCAUGUGUCCAUCUUGGCUGCGACACUUCUCACUUUGGAAGUUUCCUGUAUAGAUGAGUGUCAUGUUCAAAUUAAAGUACGCCGAUACACAGAGUAUAAAGCUCUCCUUGGAGAAGAACUAAAGAUUGACUGUCCAGUUACAUUCUGCGACGAUACACCACCUGAAAUCUACUGGGAUAAACUCCAGCAAACGUAUGUUCCUGUAAACAUUAGCAGGGGAAGUCGCUUCAAAUCAGAGUGGAAAACUAUAAAGCCUUUAGAGGGAGUUUCAGUUUUGAUCAUUCAAAACUUUGUCAGAAACGACUCAGGUGUAUAUUGGUGUGGAAGCAGCUCCAGUCUUGGACAUAAAAUCAAAGUUUCUGUCAAUGUGUUGAACUCAUCACCUACCAAUCGACAACUUCAGAGCCGCGGAGACCAGAAACUGAGGACGCUUUCUGGCCUUUUGUGUCUCGUGUUGUUGGACUUGUGGUGUUUGUCGUCAUAGUGAUCGCUAUGUUUCUCACAUCACACUCUUUGAGUAAAGGUGAGACUUUUUAUUUUACACGAGUGUUUUUAUGAGCCACACAGGCGCUCUGCAGACCUCCAGCUGAGAAUUUAAACUAAGAACCACACAUUGUGAUAUCAACAAAUAUCAAAUUAUGAUCGUUUUUCAUUUCAAUUCAAGGUGUCCGAUGUGGACGAGGAUCCAAAGACACACCAGCAGAUCCAAACAACCAACCUUCCCAUCAGGCUUUGUCUAUGGAUCAUAUCUAUGAUAGUGUUCAGUAGUCCUCAUGUCGGAGGUACAAAGUUAAACGUUACAAUGCUGGGUUAAGAAUAUACGACAGCAUUUAUUAUUGAUUGUUUUUUUGUGACUCAUGGAAGUCAAUUUGUGCUUGUGAAUUUCUGCAAAUGAACCUGUGGUGAUACAAGAAGUGACAUUUCUAUUGCUUUCAAACCGCUGUAUAUGAGAUCGAACCUAUGUGUGUGUGUGUGUGUGUGUGUGUGUGUGUGUGUGUGUGUGUGUGUGUGUGUGUGUGUGUGUGUGUGUGUGUGUGUGUGUGUGUGUGUGUGUGUGUGUGUGUGUGUUUUGCUUCCUCUGUAGGUGACAAACUUUGUGCAAAAAUCCCCUGCAAAUAUCACUGUGAAAUGUCAGUAGAUCUAUAGUGCUGUGA